AGGGAAAGGAGGGAGGGAGGGAGGGAAGAAGGGAAGGAAGGGAGGAAAAAAGGGAGGAAAGAAGGAGGGAAGGAAGGGAAUGAUACCUAGGAAAAUAAGCAAGGCUGUUCCACUUAUUUGUAUCCUAAGUAGCAGUGUCAUAGAACAGACAGGUUGUUUCAGCCAACCAGACGGAAGCAGCUGCGAGCGCUACAUCUUGGCAGUCCGAAGCGAUUGGCCCCUCUCUGGGGAGUGGAGGGUGUUCAGUUAUUAAUGACCGCUGAGCAGGCAGCACCAUGUCAGUGUGACAACUGAUCGGGUGAACGAUGCACCACUAACCACCAUGGAAACAAGGAGAAAUAAAGCCAGCUCCCAGGAUCUCUCUUCACUGGAUUGAGGGCUUCAGCCUGCCGACUGAGAGAAAGAGUUCCAGGAAAAAGAAGGAAUCCUAGCUGUAGCCUCCCGCCUUCGUUUACAUUUUAGAAUACAGAGAUAAGAUUGCUUGCAUGUGUGCAUAUCUAUAGUACACGUUUGUGUAUACUUUAGUACACACACGUAUGCACCUAUUUACACCCGGGCAAGAACACAACCAUGUGAUUAUAGCAACUAAGGAACUGAGGAAUCCAGCACGCAGGGACACAGAAGGUGGUGUAGCACAGAAACCGCUUUUACAGGUUAGCAUCAUGCUGCUAUUCCUGCAAGUACUGAACAAGCAUGGGAUUUGAAUAUUACGCUCUUAAAUAAAUGAAUUGCUUAAUUUCCUCUGACCAUCUAUACAUACUCCAUCUUCAAAAAGUAUAUCAAUAUUCUAACAUAAAGGAGACAGGAACCUUUUCUUCAAUAUGCAUGACAUUUCUGGACAAUGCAAUUGUGGCACUGGCACGUUUUUCCAUGAAGAAAAUAUUUGCAGUUCUAUGGCAUUCAUCAUUUGACAAAAGCAACUAUUUUCCUUAUCUGUCAGCUCUUACUGAUCUUACUAGCAGUGGCCGUGGAAUCCUUAAGGACCCAUUAAAUCUCUGAAGAAGAAAGCUAAGAUGAAGGACCUGCCACUCCAAAUUCAUGUGCUACUUGGCCUAGCUAUCACUAUACUAGUACAAGCUGUAGAUAAAAAAGCAGAUUGCCCACGAUUAUGUACAUGUGAAAUCCGGCCCUGGUUUACACCUAGAUCCAUUUAUAUGGAAGCAUCUACAGUGGAUUGUAAUGAUUUAGGUCUUUCAAAUUUCCCAGCCAGAUUGCCUGCUGACACACAGAUUCUGCUCCUACAGACUAACAAUAUUGCAAAAAUUGAAUACUCCAUAGACUUUCCAGUAAAUCUUACUGGCCUGGACUUAUCUCAAAACAAUUUAUCUUCAGUUACCAAUAUUAAUGUAAAAAAGAUGCCUCAGCUUCUUUCUGUGUACCUAGAGGAAAACAAACUUACUGAGCUGCCUGAAAAAUGUCUGUCUGGACUUAGUAACUUACAAGAACUCUAUAUUAAUCACAACUUGCUUUCUACAAUUUCACCUGGAGCCUUUAUUGGCCUAUAUAAUCUUCUUCGACUUCAUCUCAAUUCAAAUAGAUUGCAGAUGAUCAACAGUAAGUGGUUUGAGGCUCUUCCCAAUCUGGAGAUUCUGAUGAUUGGGGAAAAUCCAAUCAUCAGAAUCAAAGACAUGAACUUUAAGCAUCUUAUCAAUCUUCGCAGCCUGGUUAUAGCUGGUAUAAAUCUCACGGAAAUACCAGAUAAUGCCUUGGUUGGACUUGAAAACUUAGAAAGCAUCUCUUUUUAUGACAACAGGCUUAUUAAAGUGCCCCAUGUUGCUCUUCAAAAAGUGGUAAACCUCAAAUUUUUGGAUCUAAAUAAAAAUCCCAUUAAUAGAAUACGGAGGGGUGAUUUUAGCAAUAUGCUACAUUUAAAAGAAUUGGGGAUAAACAAUAUGCCUGAGCUGAUUUCCAUCGACAGUCUUGCUGUGGAUAAUCUGCCAGAUUUAAGAAAAAUAGAAGCUACUAACAACCCCAGGUUGUCUUACAUUCACCCAAAUGCAUUUUUCAGACUACCCAAGCUGGAAUCACUCAUGCUUAACAGCAAUGCCCUUAGUGCCCUGUACCGCAGUACCAUUGAGUCUCUGCCAAACCUCAAGGAAAUCAGCAUACACAGCAAUCCCAUCAGGUGUGAUUGUGUCAUCCGUUGGAUUAAUAUGAACAAAACCAACAUUCGAUUUAUGGAGCCAGAUUCACUGUUUUGCGUGGACCCACCUGAAUUCCAAGGCCAGAAUGUUCGGCAGGUGCAUUUCAGGGAAAUGAUGGAAAUCUGUCUCCCUCUUAUAGCUCCAGAGAGUUUUCCUUCUAAUCUGGAUUUAGAAACUGGGAGCUAUGUUUCCUUACACUGCAGAGCUACUGCAGAGCCACAGCCUGAAAUCUCCUGGAUCAUACCUUCUGGUAAAAAACUCUUGCCUAAUACUCUGACAGACAAGUUCUAUGUCCAUUCUGAAGGCACACUAGAUAUAAGUGGCAUCUCCCCAACAGAAGGGGGUUUAUAUACCUGUAUAGCAACUAACCUGGUUGGUGCUGACUUGAAGUCUAUUAUGAUCAAAGUGGAUGGCUCUUUUCCCCAGGAUAACAAUGGAUCCCUGAAUAUUAAAAUAAAAGAUGUUCAGGCCAACUCAGUUCUGGUGUCUUGGAAAGCAAGUUCUAAAAUUCUCAAAUCCAGUGUUAAGUGGACAGCCUUUGUCAAGACUCAAAAUUCCCAUGCUGCCCAAAGUGCUCGAAUACCAUCUGAUGUCAAGGUAUAUAAUCUUACUCAUCUGAACCCAUCAACUGAGUAUAAGAUUUGUAUUGAUAUCCCCACCAUCUAUCAAAAAAGCAGAAAACAAUGUGUAAAUGUCACCACAAAAGGUUUGCACCCUGAUCGAAAAGAGUAUGAUAAGAGUAACACCACAACAUUUAUGGCCUACCUUGGAGGUUUUCUGGGGAUUAUUGGUAUGAUAUGUCUUUUCAGCUGCCUCUCUCAAGAAAUGAACUGUGAUGGUGGACAUAACUAUGUGAGAAAUUACUUACAGAAACCAACCUUUGCAUUCAGUGAGCUUUAUCCUCCUCUGAUCAACCUCUGGGAAGCAGGCAAAGAAAAAGGUACAGCAUUGGAAGUAAAAGCAACUGUUAUAGGUGUGCCAACAAACAUGUCCUAAAAACAACUAACUAAAUCUACUUCAAAGAAAACUCAAAACUGUGGUUGUACUUUAAAAAAAAAAAAGGCAGAGAAAUAAUACUUUGUAGAAGGAAGUUUAAGCUUCACCAAUGCUGCUCCUGACCAAUGGACAUAUGUACAAGUUCAGCAUUUUAAUUAACUGGCUUCGAAGGGUACUGUGGCAACCAAAUAAAACAAUUCCAUUUUCUAGAACUUUCAUGUAACUUUUAUGUCUGGACUACAGUUAAAGUGGACAAAAACAUUUCUGUAUUUUUUUUAAGUAUAUAAGAGUAGUUGAACUGAGCAAUACCUCCUCCUGUGUUGUAUUACACGUGUUAGCCACGAGUUUUUGCAGUGACCAGAUAAACUUGAAUUGACACGUGGUGUAAUAAAAUGGACAAAUUCUGUAGAGUAGACACAGUGAAUAUGUGGACCUCUUUUAUAAGGAAAAAUACAUUUUGGAUUAAAAUCAAUUGCUUUUGUCUUGUUUUUGUUUCUAAAUAAAGAAUAACUUCUGGGAAAUAUCA